CAGAAGUCGAGUAAACGUUUCAAUUUGAUUUUUUCAGAGGCCGGGGCCGGCCGCCGCGAUCAGGGAUUACAUUACGGCAAGAAAGUAAGUACUAACUUGUACUACGUGUAGUUGUUUGAGAUUGAGAUAACGUAAACGUAGUUCAGAUGAAACAAGAUUCUUGCCCUAAUCUUCCUAAGCAGUCACACGUACACACACGCCAAGUCAUGGAUCGCUCGCGCGAGUACUGCCGCAUUGCUGGGAUAGCGGCAAACCGGUCCGGUACGAGCAAGUCGAGUUCUGCUCCCGCGAAGCACCCCUGGAUAGCGCGAACGCUGCAGGUCAGGCGAAAACUCGGAACCGCAGACUCGGUGGCGGCUGUCGGAUCUCUCAAGCAGCAAAUAGACGAACUAGACCACGCGAGGGAACUGGUAGUAGGAUUAUGUAAUCCAUCGAAGAUCACGACAGGAGCGUCCCCCUCCUCAAGUUCAACAGCAGGCGCGCUCUACCACGGUGAGAAAAAACUCCCGCCGGACCUGGUCGACAAUGUUCUGGCGGUACUGCGGCAGCUUGCGCGCGAACACGAGCAAAAGCACACACGGCAGGAGCACCGGCGACUGCAGCGACAAAUGGAAAAGCAGGAUUUUUUCCAGAAGCCGGCGGAACUGCAGGCGACGAAAGUGGUCCAUACUUCUGCCUUGUCGCCAUCCAAUGCGGGCGGGACCAACAGCAGCCGGGGGAAGAAUAAUUUGUCUGAGGGGGCGAUGAUCAGUCCACGGAGUGCCUGGCUUCACCGCGGUUCGAGCGGUGCCAGCGCGGCGAUUCCGUUCGCGGACAUACAGUCGUCAGGUAAUGACGCCUCUGGUGCGCAACAGAAUCUUGAUCAGGAAGCGCAGUCGUUUCUGCAGUUGGUAGAACGCGAGCGCGAACGCACGACGGACGUGAGCCGCAAGUUGCAGGCAAUCCAGAGCACCGUCACGCUGAUGAUGCAGCACGUUGACCAGCAGGAUGUGCAACUGGAUCAAAUCAUGGACCACGGUGUCCAGGCCACCGCAAAUGUCGAAGCCGCUUCCGCCGAGUUUCUCAAGGCCAAAGACAGGUCAAGCGCCUACCAGUUUUACCUCAUGUGCUGGUUCGUGCUUGCAGCUUUUGUGCUGCUAGCCCUGGACGCGAUUGUGUAGAAACUCAUCAACUGUGUUUUUGUGGAGACAUCAUCUCCGCGUCCGCAAGACGUCGCAGACAAGCGAAAGCGCUUUGGAAUCAGUGAGUCCCCUGUCCCUGUGAUAGCAUCAACAUACAUCAUUGUUCACGAUUGACAAGUAAAAAAGCGCACAGACGAGGACUGCAUGCGAAGUCACAGCGACUCCGGCCUUUCAGUAAGUAUUUACUCUGCCGCAGCCACGGCACGCACGACCUGCGUCUGAUCAUACUUCGUGUUAACGGCAUUUUUCUUGUUGUC